AUGCCUGACCUAAGGCAUGCAUGGGCCAGAUGUGCGAUGUUUCAGAUUCACGCGGCGAAUCUAAGGAGACAAAAAGAUGGUGGCUCUAAAGAUGUGUCAUCUUGUCCCAUUAUUAACUACCACCCUCCUUGGCUCUCUGACCACAUUUUGUUCGAGCAUCUCGGCUGCCCCACCGGUGGUUCACAGGAUGGAUCAUACAGUGGAAGCACAGACCCCUACCUUUCUACCACCAAAAGCUUUACUAUCCAGUUAAGAUUGGUCACGUUUUCAACAAGCGAAAGAAUAUACCUCAUUCAAGAUUUGCAUUCAAACUGA